UUUACAUAUAUCCCCCUUUUAUACGUAAAGCUCUAAACCUGGCUAUCACUAUCUUCUGGUCACCUGAUCGGUGCUAUUUUCUAUCUUCUAUUGUUCCAUUUCAACAUAUCUCUCAGGUGGAGUUCAACGAUCAUGAACACCGAUACUACAUCGAACCCGGAUACUCUCUUCCGACCGGUAAAGAGAAGAAAGUUCCUGCGACGCCGACCUGAAGACACACAAGAAGAAACUCGCAUUGAAAAUGGAGGCGCUGACCGAGAUUCAAAUUCUACCGUUUCCCAGUCGCAAGUAGGCGAUGAUCCUGUACACCCUGCAAAUAUUACUCGUCUCCGACGUCUCUAUCGCUCCCGCAAAGGUGGCAUCGAAUUUUCUGCAACCUCACGGCAAUCCGCAGAAAACAAUAAGAAACUUGGUGUAUCCGUAGUGACUCCGGAGGAUAUUGAGGCUGAGAAAAUACAAGCUAUGUGUGACCGAUUUACAGCACACACCGGGCAGACGGUGGACGUCGACAAGCACAUGAUGGCUUAUAUAGAAUCUGAAAUGGCCAAGCGACAACGACGCACCGUUCCAACAAAUACUACAGACUCGAAUAUUCAAUUGGCGAGCGAAGCGGGUGCUGCGUCGCCCGCGACCAAUCUUCCUCAACGUGAACCAGCGUCUUUAGGUAAACUCCAUGAGAUUGAUCUUGGUCAGGAGACCAAGCUACAGAAUAUUGCGCGAACUGAGGCGGCGACAAGAAAGUUGGCGGGCGACGAGGAAGAGGUGCAUACUAGAAAUAACGGAUUUCUUUCAAAAGCUGCGCCUGUGGGCAAGGACGAGAGGCUAUGGAGUCAUAGGAAACGGCGGACCAGUGAAGAUGUGGAAAGAGACAGACUUGUAGAAGAAGUUCUACGCGAGAGCAAAUUGGAUGUAUAUGAGGAACCGGAACUUGAAGCAGCGGCAGUAGGAGACGACCAAGCUGCUGAUGAUAGAGUCGCUGAACAGUUCCGGAGAGACUUCCUUGAUGCAAUUCAAUCACGUCGUCGGGUGACACGAGCGAAGAACACUAAAACCACGAAGGCUGAGGCAUCACGGGGUCCUAAAUUAGGAGGCAGCCGGAGUGCUAGAGCUGCGAUGCGGGAAAUUCAGGAGAAGCAAGGACGGAAAUGAAUUCGCCUUGCUACAUACCGUCCUUAGAUGUAAAUGCGGGGACCAUCUUAUCCUAAUUCCGACAUCCGCUUUGUGAUUGAGGUAUUUAUUUACCCUUUGGACAUAUACCGGUGUAAUCAGUAUGCCCUGUGUCGGAUGCAUCUUUCUUUGUCCCACUUGGACAGCCAUCUCCGUUGUCUUGUCUGUUCAUGGUGCAUUCCCUGUUUCGUGAAUGAAAACAGGCCCCUUAGCCUGUACAGAAGAUCUUCGGUCUUUUUGUGGCGCUACCGUCCGAUAAUGUGUCUCACAUUGAAUGAUGUGGAUAUUUGAUGGACUAGAAAUGUUUAGUCCCUCUGAAAGUCGAACUAUUCCAUCUACCCCAGGCUUCCCCGUACGGGAAGACUUGCUAAGGUAAGUAAUACUAGUAGUAGUGGAAACUGAGACAACCGAUCGAUCAAGCCUUUGGUCUCAAUCGAAAGCCCGUGCGUGCGUGGAAUUACUCAUCUUGUUUGCGACAUUGGCCGGCGUGCUGAUGCCAUAGUCUGUAUAAUGUAUAUACCUCACUUGUGGACCCUGAUAUGGCAAUGUGUAG